AUGACUGGUGGUACUAGUAAGAGCCCCACCAAGGAGAUGAAAAUGAACAGUAAAACUGCGCGUCUCCUGUCGUCCUUGCUGUUUUUGACCAACAAAAAGCACCAAAAAAGCAACUCCCUGCCCGAGCAUGAUCUAGAUGAUACCUCCGCCAUGAGCUCUACGGAAGAAUUCUCGGAGACUUCGGAAUUUAAUGCGGCUGUUGCGGAGUUCAGUGCUCGUGGGUUGAUUGCAGAGACCACUGAUGAUCACAACACUAAUGAAGCCACCGAAAUGACCAAGCACGACAAUAAGCAAGAAGUACGAGAAGGAGAGGCCGAGCAAGAAGAAAUUUCACAAAAAGAAGUUGCACGAGAAGAAGAAUAUGUUACUCGGAGUGCAGCAAUGUUCGAAUUUGAUGUAGAUGAACUUGAGGAAUUGGCUGGACUGGACAUUGACAACUUGGAGGAUCUGUUGUGUUUGAUGGGUCUCAAUGAUGAACCUCAAGAAGAAAGUGCCAAAGAAGAAUCCACACCACAAACAGAGACUCCAGAAAUCGAAAAAGAAGAGGCUCCAACAACGGUCCAAAAAGAAGAAUCCAAAAAGCAAUCCACCAAGAAGCCUGAUGCCAUCGACGUACAUGGACGCUUUCGAGACGACAUCCUCCGGCGACUCAAGAAGCAGUCGAAAGGAACACAAGCAGCCUACACGCCAUACACAUAUGGCAGGAAUGGACUCAGCUUUGCGACUGAGGAGGAGCACACUCAGGCUGGCUAUGAUGACGACGAGAUCAGCCGGUUUAGCACCAGCACAGUUGGUCUUUAUUACUAG